CUGAUAGAGCGACGUACACAGAGAGCGGUAGAGAGAGAGAGAGAGGGAGAGAGAGAGGGAGCAGCGGAGCGGACGGGUGGAUGACUACAGACAGUCAGGAUGCGUGAAUACAAACUGGUUGUUUUAGGAUCAGGAGGAGUCGGCAAGUCAGCUCUGACUGUCCAGUUUGUUCAGGGAAUCUUUGUGGAGAAGUACGACCCGACGAUAGAGGAUUCGUACAGGAAGCAAGUCGAGGUCGAUGGACAGCAGUGUAUGUUGGAGAUCCUGGACACAGCAGGAACAGAGCAGUUCACGGCGAUGAGAGACCUGUACAUGAAGAACGGUCAGGGUUUCGCUCUGGUUUACUCCAUCACGGCUCAGUCGACUUUCAAUGACCUCCAGGACCUCAGAGAGCAGAUCCUCAGAGUGAAGGACACCGAGGACGUCCCCAUGAUCCUGGUUGGAAAUAAGUGUGACCUGGAGGUGGAGCGUGUGGUGGCCAAAGAGUCCGGCAUUGGUCUUGCCCGCCAGUGGAACUCCUGCGCCUUCCUGGAGACCUCGGCCAAGAGCAAGAUCAACGUCAACGAGAUCUUCUAUGACCUUGUGCGACAGAUAAACAGGAAGAGUCCAGUUCCAGGCAAAGCUCGCAAAAAGUCCAGCUGUCAACUUCUCUAAUGACAUUUUUCUGCUCACUUGACCAACAACCAACCAACCAACCAAUCACACCACAUCUUCCAGCUGGCCACGCCCCUUUAACACAGCCAUGUCAUCAUCAACAUCAGCCACCUCUGACCUCUGUUCCCGUGAUGACCACAUGUCCCAUCAACUCACCUCAAUGUCUGACAGACGGUUGCCUUGCAAACAUUAAAACCAAACAUCAAAAGACUGCAGCAGUGGUGAUGAUGAUGAUGAUGAUGAUGAUGAUGAAGAUAAUGAUUCUGCUGUUCUGCAGGAAUGGGGGCUGUCCAAACAUCUGCCCAAAUUUAAACUACAGUUCCCAUCAUGCUCUCUGCUAGGCCAUUUUGGGCAGGGGAGCAGCUUGUCGCUUUUAAUUUUUAAUGCUUCUUUCCUUUCCUUUCUUUUCCUUUUACUUAUUUUUCCAGAAGUCCUGAGCCAUUCACACGCAGUUUGACCACUUCCCUGUUCCCUGUCAGCCAUGUUGUUGCCAUGGUUACCAGGCUGACAUCAUGGCUAGCAUGGCUGACUUUGUGUGUGUGGCUCUGGUAAAACCUGUGGAUCCAUACAGUAGUUAUUAUACAGUGAUUAUAAUUAUGUUUCUGUGUGAAAAGAUAUAAAAGUCAUUUAAUGUUUUUGAUUAUGAUUUUUGGGGAGUGGGUGGGUGGGGUUGGGUGGUGCAGCAGGUCACACAGUCAGCUCACCACACUUUGAGCUACACUUUGAAUUAGCCAACAGCUAUGGGAGUGAAUUGAAUUGAGAGAAUGCUAAUUAUCAGGAUUUGUUGUUUGUUUGGUGUUAUCUUGGUUAGCAUAUUUUUAAAGAUGCUAAUGUAUACUCAGCUUACAGAACUGUAGAGUAGCUUAUUAGCCCAGCAGUUAGUAAAAUGCAUUAGGAACGUUGCGGGAAAAUGAUGCUGUUUGUGGAAUGAUAGCAUUCUUAGUAGAGCCCCAAAGAAACAGAUGACAGCUGUUGGCCAAGGGCUAGCUGUUGAAAGGGAAUGCUAACUAUGCUAACUCACUGUUUGUGGAGUAUUAGCUUUGUUGACAUGUUCUUAACGGAGACGUAUUUUUGUCUAUGGGCCACCUCUUUAGCCUAGCAGGUAAUUACAUGCAUAUAUCCACAAAGAAAGAAAGGCACGAUGUUGCUGUGAGCUAUCUUGUCAGCCUGCUGCAAGUUAGCUUGUCAGUUAGGAAAGGCAACAAUGCUAAACUUUCUUUUUUGUAAAGACCAAGCAGAGUGUCUGUUAAAACAAGGAUCGUAGUAGAUACUGUUAGUGGUGGGCUAGCUUGACAGCUAACAGCCAAUGCAACAUAUUUGGUAUGCUAUAUUAGAAUGCUAACACUUCCAUAACCUCAAACAAACAUAUCAGUGACAGUAGCUGCAUGCUAAUUUGUUUGCAUGCAGGGCGCGGUGAGCUGACUUGAGAUUUGCUGCUCAGGGCAGACAUGUUGCCUUUAGACAGCAGACUCACACUGGUCCAGUACCUUGUGUGUGUGUGCGAGCGUGCGUGUGUGUGUUUGUGCGUUUUUGUGUGUUUUUGUGUUUGUGACUGUAAGUGAGCUGCAUAAUCACAGUGAACCAGGCCAGUUUCCGUGGUGACCUUUUUGGCCCAGGCGGGUGAGAGGGGUGGGGUGGUUGUGUUGCAUUAACUGAGCAGGGCAGCCCACAGGUGUUGUUUCUGUAUUAUUAACCUUAUUAUUACCAGAUUAUUAAUGUUAUUAACACAUCUAAGAGGGAAAUAUUGAAUUUGGUCUAACGGCCCAUUGGGAAACACUCUUCAACUGAUGGGCAUAGAUUGAACUGUCCAGGUAUGGAGGACCAAACUUAACCACGAAGUUACAGCCAGACCUCCGUAUCCUUGCAUGGUUGUAGUAUUUCAUGCUAAUACUUUAGCAUACACUGGGUUGAGCUAACAUCUUAGUGUUAGCAUGUAGUACCACUGACACGUGGAUAGUUUUGGUGUCAGUAUUGUCAUCGCUUUGAACAAAGUUGAACUGAAUUCUCAGUGUUUCUUUUAACGGUAGCAUGAGUUUGAAACCAACCAGAGGAGGAUGAAGCCAAAGCCCCGCCCCUUUUGUGUUGGGGGCGUGGCCUGUGAAGCAGCCACGAAAAGCUUUUGAAUAUCUGUCUUCUUUUUGUAAUGUGAGAGCGGCCAUCUUACAGAUACAGUGUGUUGGACCAGUGACCUCUGUGAGUACUGCUGUGCACAGUGUUGUACUAUCAGGAGUACUGCGGUACAGUGUGGUACUGCUGUCGGUAUUGUGGUUCUCCUCCAGUACGUUCAGUCAUGUAGCAUGUUGAUGUUUUUGUCAGCGCUCACUCUGAUCUCCAGAUGGUGCUGCGACAGUUUGCAUGCCGAGCAGAAGCUUCCGGGUGGAAGGUCUGCGCAGUCCCAGUGUUCUUGACAGCACCUGGAUGUCCCACCUGUGCAGCCAGUCAAAUCAACACAUGACCCCGACUGCAGUCAGAGCUUUUUGCCCUCCAGGCUGCAGUGGCAUCCGUCAUUUCAUCCGACUUCUGGGACUGUGGUGGUUGAUAGUUUUGUCAUAGACAUUUGGCAGAUCUAAAGGUGUCAGUGCGCCUCAGAAGAAGUACUUUGAACGAUGUGUCUGACGGCAACGUUUGUGUAGCUGUUUGGCGCACACUUCCAGACAGUCUGUCCUCAAAGACACUUUCUAUGUUGCACUCGGCGAGAGCUUGUGACAGAGUUAAGACUCGGCCUUACUUUCACACUUCCACAAUCACUGCAUAGAGCUCGUGUGACUCGUCUUUUUCGGAGAGUCAAAAAAUUGAUUUCACCAUUGGAAAGUAGGUUUCAGAUGCUGUCUGACAAUCUGACAAGCACUUAGUUUGAACUGCACUGAGACCUUAACGUCCAUGACAAACUGAGGUUGUUAAAAGGCGUAUUUUUCCAGUCUUUAUAGAGUGGGGAUAGCAGGUUCACUCUGCUUCCAGUCUUUGUGCUAAGCUAGGCUAAAUACAUUCUGGACCUCUCUCAGUGCUGGACUCAGAUUAAAUUGAUUGAGACCUUCUCAUCUGAGUUUCUGUAAAUCGCCAAAUGGGUUGUAGAAGACGUGAUGAAGUGAUGAAUGCAACUCCAGCCAAAUGCAAACUGAAAUAAUUCAUUCACAAUGAGAAGAAAUGAUUUUACAUUUGUGAAAUAAAUCUGCUUCUUUUUCUCUGUA